AUGGCGGCCUCAAUUACCGGCCCGGAGUUCGGCCAAACCCCAGGGCAGGUAAGAGGCUUAGGAGGAAGGGGAGGCAGCUGCGUUUAUAACGGCGCGUCAGCAGGCGUGGGGCCCGUCGGGCGGUACAGCCCCGCUGGGUGCAGGCGAGCUCGUCGCGGGGACGGCCCGGGGGCCUUUGCGCGGCGCGAGCCAGUCCAGGACGCCUCCCUGGCAACCCGGCCGGCUCCUGCCCACCUCGAGGUCGAGGACGCGCUCGGUCACCUCAGGAGCGGAGGCCCGAGGAGGGAAGGGGACCAGGCCGUGUUGUCGUCACAGAGUCACCCCCUCGAGCUCUCGACGCUCGCCCAUCACACUCAUUUUCGGGGCCCCGGACCGCCGGCAAAUAUAGACCUCUUAUUAGUGGGCGAUGUCACAGUUCAUUACCUGGCUGAUACUGUACAGAAAUUAUUUUCAAAUAUAGCAGAAGUCACCAUCAUCAUUAGUGAUGUGAAGAGGGCAGCAGCACUUGUGGAUGACUGCACAUUUGACAUGGUUUUCCUGAAGCUGACUUCUCCACCAACUGCUGAGGAGCUGGAAGUGGUCAAAUUACUUAGAUUUGGUGAGGAAAAAAAUACACAUUUGCUGUUUGUUUUUAUAAUCCCUGAGAAUUUUAAAGGUUGUGUUUCAGGGCACGGAGCUGAUAUUGCUUUAACCGAACCACUAACAAUGGAAAAAAUGAGUGUUGUGUUGAAAUACUGGAAAACAUAUUUCUCACGUACUGUUAAGAAUGAAAUUUCUGUGAAGCCUGAACAACCUGAGUUGCCUCUGCAGAAGUCCUGCAGUGAACACCUGGGAUAUUUUUCUACUAAUGUAUUUGCUUGCUCUGAAUCUCUAAGAAACAACAUUGGAUUUGAUUUAAAGGCUCCAUUGUCAAAUUUUGAGAAAAGGAAAAAGAUUUCUCUUCUUCAUUCAAGCAAGGAAAAGCUGAGAAGAGAACGAAUCAAGUAUUGCUGUGAGCAGCUGCGUACCCUGCUGCCGUAUAUGAGGGGGAGAAAGAAUGAUGCAGCUUCCGUCCUCGAGGCCACAGUUGAUUACGUGAAGUUUGUCCGGGAGAAAAUCCCUCCAGCCGUCAUGGGCCAGAUUACAGAAGUACUUCAGAGCAAUAGGAGGUUUUGUAAGAAACAACAAAUGCCCAUCCAGCUAUCCAUCCCAGGCACGAUCAUGGCACAGAGGGAAAACAGUGCGCUGAGCAGCACUCACUCACCUGCGUCAGGCAUCAGAGUCCUGACUGAUGAGCGCUUGAAUGUGUACUCUGCUCCUGCCUCCCAGGACGCUGUGGAUGAAGCUGUGAGAGGUCAGUCCAGCUCUGCAUCAGAGAACGCUAUCGGUGAUGUGUAUAAAACCCGAAUCCCCAGCACAGCUCUGUCUCUUAAUUCCUUCCAUGCUGUCAGAUACUAUUCUAAAGUGGUCCCUUCCUAUGACGCAGCUGCCGUAACAAAUCAGAACACUUCAGUGCGUUUCCCAACAGCUGUAGCCAAAGUCUCCAAGUUUCUUCCUCAGCACUGCAAUUCUGUGUUGGGCCAGGCGUGCACAGCACACCCCAACUGUCUGCAACAGUUUUGGGCGUAUUAA